AUGGCAUACCAAUCAAUUCUCUUGAAAAAAAUCUUGAGAGAGCUAAAACUUGCCUCUUUUGAUGAAAACCCAAUACGACCAGUAGAACAUAGUAAAAAAAUUAAAAUGCUUGCUUAUAGCUAUUAUCUAGGUGCAUUAAUAAUGGCUUGUCCAAAAAAUAAAGAGGAACAAAUUAAUCCUAAAAAUAAAACCAU